AUGGAGUUGAAUUUGGUACCACAAGAGGCAAACCAGACAGUAUUUGAGGGAGAUGGUGGUGGGUAUUACAGUUGGUCAACUUCCAAAUCUCCAUUGCUGCGUGAGACUAAGCUUGGUGCUGGCAAGCUUGUUCUGCACCCUCGUGGCUUUGCUCUGCCCCACAAUGCAGAUUCUACCAAGAUCGGUUAUGUUCUUCAAGGUAUAAUUAAAUUUGAGUUCUACCCGACUUGCAUAUUUCGACCUGGACCAAGUAUACACGGGGCUUGUGUCCAUCACCAACAGUUCAAAAGAAAAUGUGUUGAUAAUAAACAAGGGGAUGCAAUUCCGUUUCCACUGGGAGCCGUCUCAUGGUGGUUCAACGGCGGAGACUCGGACGUGGUCAUUGUCUUCUUGGGUGACACUACCAAGGCUUAUACACCUGGCCAAUUCACCUAUUUCUUCUUGGCAGGAACCAUAAGUAUCCUGCGGGGUUUAUCAACUGAAUUUGUCAGCAGAGCGUAUAACAUAAAUGAAGAAAAAGCUCACUUGCUCGUGAACAGUCAAACCGGUGUUCUGAUUGUUAAACUUGAAGAAGAAAUCAACAUGCCUCAGCCAUGCAAGGACAAUACCAAAGAGGGAUUGGUUGCCAACAUUGAUGAAGCUGUACCAGAUGUUGCGGUGAAGAAUGACGGAUUGCUCUCUUUGAUCACAUCGGAGAAUUUUCUGGUGCUUGGACAGGUCGGACUCAGUGCAAGUCUUGCAAAAUUGGAAGCUAAUGCCAUGUUGGCUCCCAUGUACACAGCAGAUUCAUCAGUCCAAAUGGUUUAUGUCAGCAGUGGCAGUGGAAGGGUUCAAAUGGUGGGGUUUAAUGGUCAGAAUGCUUUGGACACCAAAGUGCUGGCAGGGAGGCUUUUUGUUGUACCCAAAUUCGUCACUGUUUCAGUAAUUGCAGAAGGAGAAGGAAUGGAGUGUUUCUCUAUCCUAACAUCUUCGAAGUAA